AUGGCGACACAAAUGGUCCCUUCAAGCGAUUCAAAUGCACAGAGUCUUUGGGAUCAAGCAUUCAACUCCCUCGGCGCAGAUCUCAAGACAUCACUCGGCCAGGCUGCGACGCACAAGCGCGACAUUCUAGCCGCCGCCCUAGAAGCAGCCGAGAACCGUAAAGCCACCAGUCUCCGGAAACGCUGGAAGUUCAAGCGCUCAAAUGGGGAAGUCGUUAUUAUCCGAGAUGUUCUCGAAAAGAUUGCCAAAUGGAUCGAUUCCUUCAAAGCGGUUGGCGAUGCCGCUGUGCAGUUUGAUGCCAGCAACGCUUCGCUGCCCUGGGCCGCUAUCAGACUGCUUCUUCAAGUGACCGUCAACGAUGUCCAGCAGUACGGGACCAUGGUCCAGGACAUCGAGGUGGUGUCUCGGAUCAUUGCGCGAUACAAGGAGUUUGAGAAUCUGCAUCUUGGACGAGACCAACCCGCUGAGGCUGCGCUCGAAACAGCCCUCACGGUUCUCUAUACAGAAGUCUUGAUAUACCUGGCACAAACCAUUGCCUUCUUUUCACAAUCAACCGCAGGCAUGCUUACAUCCCCAUUGAGAGAGAUGUCCACUGACUCUAGCAGUCCGACUCACCAAAAGUGUCUUUUGGACAGAGAAGACGAGGUUCUCAAACUAGCCAAGCUUCAGGAUACUUCGGAUCUACGAUUUAUCCAGAAGACAGUUCUUCGUCUCAGAGAUCAGAUCAAUAAUAACACCAAGCGUAUCGAAGAGGACGAUUAUAUAAAGAUGAUAUCCUGGAUGUCUACGUCGCCAUUCUCAAUCCACCACGAGACCAUAUCCGAGUCAAGAACGCCAAACUUUGGUCAGUGGCUUCUGAAGCAUGAGGCCUAUAGAAACUGGUGCGAGUCCAGCUCUUCAUCAACUCUAUGGAUCCGUGGGAUAACGGGAUCAGGCAAGACCAACCUUUUCUCUGUGAUAGUCGAUUCAUUGCGGGCAGCCCGGUCUUCGCAGCCAGAAUCAACGCCUUUUGCAUACUUUUACUGCCUCGAAAGCGAGUCAGAACCGGAGAGAUCAUCAGUAGACGGGAUCCUCCAUAGCAUUUUGCGUCAACUCGCGAUCACAGAAACCCAAAGUGACGUUCGCGAUUUUUUCUAUUCCGACUUCCGACGCCGCUCGAGAUCAGCUGUCCUUCGAGGACUAGAUAUCCCGAAAUUGAGUAGAAAAGAGUGUGCGGAUCGUAUCGUUCAAGUCGCCAAUGAAGACCCCAUCACAAUAUUACUCGAUGGUGUUGAGCAGGUUGAAGAUGAGAGUUGUUAUGUUCUCUUGCAGUCUUUAUCUGAAAUCAUGUCAAGGGCUGCGAACGUCGUCAAGGUUUUAGUCACAAGCAGGAAUAGCCUUGAUAUCCUCUCAUCGCUGCCGACUGCGAACGAGGUUAUUGUGACAGCUGACCAUGUUCGUGAUGACAUGGCUCUGUUCAUUACUCAGAAGAUUGAUCAACCCAAACUCAUCAGUGGGAGGCUCUCUCAGGAUAAAAGAAACUGCUUGAUAAAGGAGCUGUUAGAGGGUGCAGGCGAAAUGUUUCUGUGGGCUCAUCGACAGAUACAGCAGCUCCGCAAGGUCAAGAACGAACGCGAUCUGCUUCCAUCUCUAAGGUCAAAUAUUCUAUCUGAUCUCGACAUGCUUUACGAAAACGACCUCAACCAGAUCUUGCAAUCAGGAGACACAUCGCGAGAACUCGCCAUUCAGAUCUUUUCCUGGCUGCUCUACAUGAAAGCACCAUUGACUCCUGAGGCAUUAUUGGUCGCUAUCACUGCCACAAGCGCAGAGAAUGUCCCUUACACAGAGGCGGACAUAUCUGUUGUGUGCUCGAACUUGGUGGUCAUGGACCUCCAUCACCAAGUUGUCCGGCUUGCUCAUCAUUCAGUCAGGGAGUUUAUCCUCCGCACUAAAGAAUCUCUGUUCUCCGCUCCACUAGCUCACAGCCUGCUGGCAUCGACCUGCAUAAAGGUCAGCGCGCGUGGUCCGCCUGACAACGGAAGCCUGGAACAGCAGGUUCAAGGCUUCUUCUUCUAUGCCGCUACGCACUGGGCAGGCCACUUUGAGAGUUCAAGGGUUGUUAAGAAGGAGGAGAAGCUAUUUCAAGACAUGAUCUCAUUUGUCUUUGAGGACGAGGACUAUGAUGUCAGCCUUUCCUUCGAAGCCUGGCUAGAUACUGCGAAGGAGAUUGCACGACUGCUGCCGAGGGAUCACCCAAUGAAGCCGGCUCUUGAUGCCGUGUCAAGCGAAACAUCGUCUCCUCUCUUCUUAGCAGCUGUCUUUGGUAUAGACGGCCUGCUGACUCUCAUUGCAGAGGCGGAGAGUGAUAUAGACUGGGACCAACGGAACGACCUUGGGCACACCGCACUCUACCUUGCCGUUGCGACUGGUCAUCUCUCCACUGUGACAGCUCUGAUCGAGAAGGGUGCAGAGCUGAACGUCGAAUGUGGUACAUAUGGAAGUCCAUUGCAUGUUGCGUGUUUCAGAGGAUAUCAAGAUAUCAUGGAGAUGCUGCUUCAACACGGCGCAUCUUCAAAGUGUGGUUCGAAGUUUCAGAGUGCCAUUCAAGCUGCAUCUCAAGGCGGUCAUGAAGAUAUUGUGAUCUCUCUCAUUGGCCACGAUGCUGUUAUUAACUCUGAGGGAGACUACGAGCAAGCCAUACAGAUGGCAACAGAGUAUGGCUUCAUCAAGGUCAUCGACCAGCUACAAAAGCCAGAGUUCAAGCGCUUUGUAGACAAAGAUACACCAGACAAACACAAAAUGAGAUUGGCCAAAGCCAUCAAAGCUGGUCAGCUAUUUGUGCUACAGCGUCAAAUUUCCAAGAUUUUCCCAAAAGACGCAGUAGCAAUCGCAGCUCUCUACGGUCAUACAGAUAUUGUCAAGUAUCUUCUGGAGCAAGGCCUUGAUAUCGAAGCCGACGGUCAGUUCGGCACGCCACUGCGCUCAGCUUGCUUGAUGAACCACAAAUCCACGGUCGAAGAGCUACUCCAGCGCGGUGCCAAUAUAAACACAGAAGGACCCAAAGGCAAUCCCCUCUAUGUAGCCGCUGUGAAAGGCCACGUCGAUGUUGUCAGGAUACUACUGGAAGAAGCUGCAGACGUUCACAAGAGAACAGGGGCUUGUGGCACUGCCUUGCAAGCGGCAGCGUAUUACGGCCAUAGAAGGGUUGUUGAGAUGCUUCUUGACGCCGGCGCAGAUGUUCAUGCUGAAGGUUCAUCCCCAGACGCGUUCCAUGCCGCUGCUGAAGGUGGCCAUCAGAGCAUCAUCAUGCUAUUCCUGGAACGAGGCUACAAGUUCCUUUACGAGCCGCCGACUCCUAAGUAUAAGAGAGCUCAACCCUCGCUAUACCGGCCGCUUUAUCGGGAUGCUUCUCCUGGGAGAGAAAGACAUCCUCGCCAUAAACUGUGGCCAGAACUUUACAAGCAGACAAAUGGAACCGUCGAAUCUGUGGCUGAUGUAGAUGCCCGUGACAACAUCACCCCAGUUGAGCAUGAUGAUGAAGUAGAGAUAGCCGCUAUUGACCAGGGAAAGCAUCUCCGUAACGACGGAGUUAUGCAGGACGAGUCUCAGAAGAACCGCCCUCUGGAAGCUAGUGCUGCUAGAGGAAAGGACUCCGUUGUCAAGCUACUACUGGAGCAAAAGGAAACGUUAGGAUUCAGGGAAUAUGAGGUUGUUACUGCUCUCAAGGCAGCUGCGUCCAAUGGACACCUGAACACCGUUCGGAUGCUGCUCGACCACGCCCUGAAGGUAAAAGUUUACUUUAUUGAACGCAUCUAUGCAGCUUUGGAGAGCAUACCAGAAGGGUGUCACGAUAUUUUGCAGCUUAUUCUCGCCAAAGCCUCUGAGAGUGGCUGUACAGAGGAACAGAUUGAUCAGCUGAGGCUGAAACUUCCACCAGGAGAAGAAAAGUACAAAGUCGCAGUCAUUGAGCAACAAAAUCUGAAGGCAGAUCUUCUGGCAUGCUGUGCCUCAGGAAAUGUAGCCGUUUUGGAGGCCAUCAUGAGUUGCCAUCACCAACAGCUCCUGAAAGCCAACGAUCUCCUGGAAGGCCUACAGAAAGCUGCAGAAAGGGGGCAUCUCUCGGUAAUCGAGAGUUUGUUCAAGCUUAGCUCUGAUGUACAAGGCGCCGCCAUUCCUGACAACACACUGAUAUGCGCCGCGGAAAAGGACCUGGAGAUAUUGAAGUUUCUCCUCUCUCGAAAGACCGAUUUAUCUAACUCAGAACUCCUUCUGAGCCGAUUGGUAUAUGCGGCGUGUAGCAAGGGACAGCCCGACAUCCUUGAGUACCUCGUAUCUGAUCUUGAUGCCGAUAUCAAUGCCAACAUCCCUGAAGACGAGAAACCGAGGCGUCGCAGACGUAUGAGGCAGUUCCUCCACGCUUGCCUUAUGAGUGAUGAAGCAGCUGAUUCGAGAUCGAGUAAUGAUCAUCGUCUUCUCAGUCCUUUACAAGUCUGCCUGAGCGCUUUUGAUAUAUCUGAGAGGUCUUACUAUGCGAGUUGGUAUAUAGAUGACGCAAUGCCUCAGCAGCAGAAAGCGAUACAAACACUACUGAGACUAGGGGCCGAUCCGAAUAGUCUAGGCGGAAAGAAUGUUUAUCCUCUUCCAUAUGCAGCAAGGUUCUGUCCAGGUUUCGUGGUCAAGGAGCUACUUGAAGCUGGAGCAGAUGUCAAACUUGCAAGUCAAGGAGAUCUAGCUCUUUUGGGAACAGUUCAGAGAGAAAUGGAAGCCAUGGAGGUGAUGACCAUGCUAUUGGAUAGUGGCCACCAUCUUCCCGACUAUUGCGAUGGAGGCAAAGCGCUUCUAGACAAAGCUCUCGCGAUAUUUGAGGGUGAUAGAGGGCGACAGAGUUUCCUUAGCAUUAUUGAUGACCCUGACGGUCGCUUUUUACAGGCCCCGUCUCUGGAUUACGUCUUUGAACAAGGGCCAGGGGCGGUACUCGAGUUCCUUUUACAGAAGUAUGACACAGGUAAGCUGGAAGAUACAAGAUAUGAGCUGGUUCUUCAGAUGGCUUGCGUGCUGGGCAAAGUUCCUCUUGUUGAGUUGCUGUUAUCUCGGGGAGUCGGUGUUGACGCUACGGGAUACUACUAUGGAAGUUCUCUGCAGGCUGCGGCACGUACUGGCCAGGUACAGAUCAUCAGGAUUCUGUUGAACAAGGGGGCCAACCCGAAUGUGAUACAGGGCCGUUGGCACACAUCCCUGCGCGCAGCGAUUGUAGGCGGUCAUAUCGAAAUCGUGCAGCUUCUGCUUCAGUAUGGCGCAGAUCCUAAGCUGAAGUACCAAACUGGACGACGGUCAGAGAACGAAAGAGAAUCAGCAUCAUCGAGCACUCUUCAGCUUGCUCUGCAAGAGGGACAUACGGAAAUAUCAAAACUACUCCUCGAGACAGAACCCGCACUGAUCGAAGAAGAGGGCCGCCUUCAACAUCCUCUUAUCAUAAGCUGUCAAAGAGGAGCUCACGCCAUGACAGAGUUGCUACUAGAAGCCAAUGCUUCGGUCAAUGUUCGAGGCCGCAAGAACGCUAAAAUCGCAAGUUUGGCGGCUCAAGAUGCGAGUCCUCUGCAUGCCGCGAUUUCUGGAGGCCACAUCAACGUCGUCCAAACGCUGUUGUCCAGAGGGGCUGAUAUUAACCUGGAAGUUAACGACUGUGACUGCCGAACACCAUUGUUGGCAGCGAUUAAACGAGGGGAUUUGCGCAUAGUGAGACUUCUUCUUGACUCUGGCGCAAAGAUCAACAGGUUAAAUCUUCAGGAAGCCUGCAGAAGUGGAGAUCUUCUUGUUGUUGAGGCGCUUAUUGAACAGCUGUUCAAAAACAGGGAGGAUCCAUUUGAGACCAUCGAUGAAACUUUGGACUCCCUGACGAUGGAAAAGUUCACUGACUACAGAGUUCUCAAUCUUUUACUUGACUAUGUGCCUCCAACCCCCAAAAGAUUUCUCUUCGUGUGUUCCUCGGGCUCUGCCCCCCUGGUACGAACAAUGGUUCAACAGGGCAUGAGUGUCGAUGGCAGUGUUGAAGAAGAAGAUAGCCCCUUGCAAGCGGCGUGUUACCACUUGAACUUUGAAGUGGUACGGCUACUCCUACAACGCGGCGCGAACGUCCGAUCAAGAUCAUCUCAGCCAGGAGACCCAAUUACGCUGGCGCUAUGGGCUUGCGCUUUACCAUUGCAGCAACAAAUGGAGCAACGAGGGACAAGACAUCAGAAAUAUCAUACAGAAAGUGUGGACUACCAAAAGACACAGAGAUGUACCAACAUUGUUCAGAUCUUACUUGAACGCGGUGCCAGUUCUGAUGGUGGAACGGAUGAAUUGGAGAGUCCACUUCAGCUGGCUUCUUUCAUCGGCAACUUUGAGAUCUCCAAGCUUUUGAUCACACACGGAGCCAGUGUAGAUAAAAUCACUGGAAGCUUCAAGACUCCCCUUUUUUCGGCUUUACAGGGGAACAACAGUGACAUCAUACGACUGAUCCUGGAAAGGGGGGUCGACGUCAACUACGUUCAUCCAAUUCAUGGCUCAGCAUUGCACUUGGCCUGCCAGUACAAUGAUGAGUCACUUGUUCUCCAGUUGCUUCAACAUGGCGCCUCACCCGCUUUGGAAGACGCAAACGGAGUCACGGCUCUUACAUUGGCCCUCGAGUUUGCAGCUUCUCGUGGCGGUUAUGGCGCAUUCCAGAAUGUACCCCAACUGAUUUGCCAACACUCGACAACGCUCGAUAUCACAGAUAGCGACAUCAUAGCGGCAGCUCGGCUAGAGCCCAGUGACUUGCUGUCUUUCCUCCUUGUCCGGAGAGAAGAAGAGCCAGUGACAGAAGAUCUCAUCAUUCGUUUCCUCAGCGAAGAGAGAUGUCCAAUCCAGGAAAACGUGCAGGUCAUGUUUGAUCAUAGUCAGGGAUUGGAAAUAACUCCAAAGAUGCUGAAUGUUGGACUCUCUGAACAGGCUUUCAAAAGUCUAACACAGGCUCGCAAGCUUUCACUUGACAUCACUCCCGAUAUACUCGAAUCUCAAACAGAUAUCGGGACCCUGAAAGCACUCAUGGGGUAUCAGCCCGGCGUCGAAGUAACGGAGGGUCUCGUGAUUACAAUACUUUCAAUUGCACACGCGUCUCGUUACAGCCAAUGGUGGCAACGGGAGGAGUGCACCAAGCUUCUCUUUUCAAUCUGGCCUCGAGACUUUCCAUUGUCAGUGACUAACGCCAUGCUGAAAGCAGCAGAGUUAGUGCCCCAUCUGGAGUUCUUACUCGAGCGCCUUGGUCCAGCCGAAGGACAGUUACAAGAUGUCGCGAUAUGGACUUGCGAACAGGGCACUGAUUAUUCCGGCAGGCAAGAGACCUUGUUGGCACUGGUCUUGCAGGCUGACCCAAAAGUUGAUCUCUCCCCAAGUCACCUUGAGAAAAUAAUGCUCGGUGCCAAGCCUUGGAUGUUGGAUAUAGUCUUGACACAUACGCCUUCCCUUCCAAUCACAGAGAAGUUAUUUUUCAGUAUCUUCAGAGAGUAUCCACAAGCUCUAGAGGUAACGCGCAAGGAGUUUGCGGAAGUACUUGUGAGGCAUAAGAAGAAGUUUGUUUUCACAGAGAAGAUUCGCGAGGCUAUUGAUAGGGCGUAUCAAAAGCAUUCUGAUAUUGAGAAGAGAAACACAUGGUACGGUCUGAGGGAAAGGGAUGAAACUGGGAGGAGACUGAGGCCAGGCAGGCACAGGGAGAAUGAUGGAAACAAGAACGACGAUCACGUUCCCCCAUGA